GGCUGAGCGCAGCUGCUGCUGUUGCUGCUGCAGCAGCAGGUUGAUUGGGGGCUUGGAGGGGCGGGCGGGGGGCACCGGCGCGGACACCCAACGAUGCAUCGGUCGGGCCGGCGCUGAGAUGAUGGCGGUGGAAGCUAUUCGUUGCAGUCUGAAUCCAAAUGGCAUCGAUCACUCCGUCUGUGCCGAAGGGAUUAACUUGCCCGUCGAAGAGCAAGGCGGGGAAUCUGAGUCGGCUCAAAGCGAAAAUCCCCCGAAGGUCUGCGACUCCAAAGGGACACCCAAGAAGCAGCAGGCGGAACCAGAGGCCUCUAAGUCUGGUGCGGUGAAGCUGUCCAAACCAGUGGCUCUGUGGACCCAACAAGAUGUCUGCAAGUGGUUGAAGAAACACUGCCCAAAUCAGUAUCAGAUCUACAGUGAGUCAUUCAAACAGCAUGACAUAACGGGCCGGGCACUGCUGAGGUUGACGGACAAAAAACUGGAGCGGAUGGGCAUUGCCCCCGAGAGCGUCCGCCAGCACAUCCUGCAGCAAGUGCUCCAGCUGAAAGUAAGAGAAGAAGUCAGGAACCUUCAGUUACUUACGCAAGCACCUCCUUCUCCAUCUGGGAAAAUGAGGAGAAGCAACAACUUGAGACCUUUUCAACUUCCAGAGUGUCAUCACCAUGGCUGUGUCUGGUGGACUCCGAGCCAACAAGGUUCACCAUUCUCUGGUCCUCGAGUCUCAGCGCCCCAUCCCUCUCACUCCUCAACGGAAAGUUCCCCGUGAGCCUCGUUGAACUCCAGAGGUACCAGACCACCGGUUGAUAAGGAAGUGACUUCUCCCUCUUGAUAAACAGAACCGACAUUACUGAUGGGCGAUGACCUUGGCGAGUUGAAAGAUAUGAUGAGAUGCAACCGUUCCAUCCAGACUGUGGGUUUUGGAAAAUCCCGGUUUGCUGGGGGGAUUAAAAAUGUGGUGCGUAUGCCACCGGGCUAAUUUGUUCGAAGUGGUCACGGACAGACCAUUAGCUGGAAAAUUGCUUCCGGUUUUCAUCACUGUGCGUAACUUGAGCUCCCUAGGGGAAAACGGCCCAUGCCGUUCACUAGAAAUCCCGUUUUAGCAUGGCAACUACCGGAUUAUUUUAUAUGUAUGCAGAUGGCAUGAUGUUAUAGGAAAAAAUUUCAACACUUCUGCAAUCUCAGUGGAAAUGUUCACAAUAUUUUGCCUUGAAAGGGAUGUAAACAUGUCACGUGUAUGUUAGUUAUGCAGUCUAAAGAUAUUCUGUCCAACGA